UAUGAAAAUGCAAUUCCAUAAGGAUUUCAUUUUUUUUCCAGCUUUCAUUAUGGAGUAUACACCUGCGAAGCAUGUAAGAUACAAGAAAUGCAUUGAAGUUGGCAUGUCAAAAACUGCUAUCAAAAUAGGCAGAUAUUCAAGAGAAAGAUUGAAGAAAAAUAAGGAACAGUUAGCUAUUCUUCACCAAAAGAGAUCUAGCAUACCUUAUUUAUUAAAUCAUAGCGAUGCUCAAGAUAUCAUUUUAAUUUGCAACAACUCAUUUUCCGAUUUUAUGACAUCAGAUUGGAGAGAUAGUGUAGAGGGAUUAGAUGAUUUAUUCUCUAUAUCAAAGAAAGUUAUUAAAGAAGGUAUGUUCAAUCAGAAUCAGUAUAUGGAUAUCUACGGUGCAACAGGCGUAGAACUCGACAAUAGAAAAGUCUUUUUCCAAUUUACCGAAGCUUAUACAUUAGUAGCAAUUAAGUUUUAUUUAAAAUCGUUACUUAAAUUACCAGGAAUGAGUGAAUUAUCAAAGGAUGAUUUCUUUAGGAUUGUUUUACAGAAUCAAGAUGAUUUCCAGCUUCUUGAUUCAAUCAAAAACAAAAUGAAUUGGGAAAACAAUGGAGUUGUAAUUAAUUUAAAAGAUCAAAGUUUAAAUAUAGAUAAAGAGAAUAUUAGCAAAUUAACAGACGAAUCUGUUGUACAACUCCAUCAAGAUAGCGUUCAAAGCCUGGCUAACAUUAACCUGACAAUGGAGGAAGCUAUAAUCAUAACUGCACUUGAUUUGUUUUAUCCAACUAAAAAACAUCCUCACUUCAAGACAACUCAUGAUCGUCUAACUGUAGCUUUAUCAAGAUAUUUAGAAUGUCGUUACGGAAACAAUUCUCACCAAAGACUUGGACAGCUAAUGAACUUUAUUAGUAAUUUUAAAGAAAAUUCACUGAAUAAAAGAAACAUUCAUUACGGAGCGUAUACGUGCGAAGCAUGUAAGGUCUUCUUCAGUAGAAGUUCCAAAAGGAACUUGCAGUACAAGUGUAAAACAGGACAACAUUUAUGCUCCCCAUCGAGGAAUUGUACUUUCGCCUGUUCCUUAUGCCGUUACAAAAAAUGCUUGAGUCUUGGAAUGUCGAGAGAUUCCAUGCAAUUAGGACCAUAUAGCCGUCACAAACGAAUUCAAAAUAGUAAAGUAAUAGCUGAACUUUGGAGAAAAAGCAAAUUGAACGUUCCUCAUCCCCUAAUGCAUUCAGAUGUUGAUGAUAUCCUAACAUUAGCCACUACCGGAUUUUCCGAGAUAAGGAGCGUUGUAUGGUCACAAGAGAUAUCAAAUUUUGAUCAAGUAUUUCUCGACGCCUUGAAAACGCAAGAAUUUGCAUUAAUUCCAAAGGAUUACUUUAUGGACUUUUUAGAAGAAACUGGUUUAGAAUUAGACGAUCGUAAAGUACUAUCACAUUUUUCACAACAACUAUUAGGCUACUGGUAUAGAAGAAUCUUAGCAUUUGCAAGAAAAUUACCAGGAAUGUCAGAAUUGAGUACGAAAGAUUUUCUUCUACAUAUGGUUAAAUCUACUGACCUGCUAUACAUAUUAAUGUUGGCGACCACCGCCAUCUAUUGGAAUACCGAUUGCCUCGUUAUCAAUUUGAAUGACAAAGUAUUCACUUUGGGAAAGUCUAAAAUGGUUUAUCUUAGCGACGAAAAAAAUGUUGAGCUUCACGAAAGUAUACACAAACGACUGGAUAAUUUAAAACUUACAAUGGAAGAGAGUUUAUUUAUCUAUGCAUUGAAUCUUGUAUCUGAUAGUAAACAGCCGCAACUUAAACAGGCACAUUCACGAAUGACAUCAAGUUUUAUAAGAUAUUUACAAAGUACAAACGGAGGAGAUUAUCAAAAGAGACUUUUGGAUAUUGUUAAUUCCCUAGCAAUUUUGAAAGAAAAAUUCUAUUCUGAUAAAAAAUGGUUUCAUUAUGGAGUUUACACCUGCGAAGCCUGUAAAGUUUUCUACGGACGAUCUCUUAAAAGAAGUACUCCAUAUCAAUGCAAAAGGGGGAGAAAUCUAUGCUCACCUGCAGAUAAUUUUUUAUUCAAGUGUUCAGCUUGCCGUUUUAAUAAAUGCGUUAAAGAGGGAAUGUCAACAAAAGGAAUAAAAAUAGGACCGUAUACCAAGAAGCGAAGAGAAGAAAAUUUAAAAUUCGCAGAAAAGCUACAAAGUCGAAAAUCUACUGUAUAUUCCAUGCUAAGUCAUUCAGAUGCUGAUGAUAUAUUCAUACAAACCACUAAUGCUACAACUAUUUUUACAAAUAUCGUAUGGUCAGAUGAAAUUCAUAAUUUUGAUUUACAAUUUCAAAACGCACAAACAUCCCUAGAGAAUAUUUAUAUACCAUUUAACGAAUAUUCAGAUAUAUUAGAGGUAACUGGUUUAGAAUUGGAUGAUCGUAAAGGAUUCUUACAUUUUUUAGAAACUUUAUUCAAUAUUUGGUAUCGUUAUUCAUUAAUCUUUUCAAGAAGUUUACCAGGAAUGACAGAUUUAAAGCUUAAAGAUCUUAUCAGUAUCUCUUUUAAGAAUGCAGAUAUGUUAUAUAUUUUAGAUGUUAUGUAUCCUUUAUUCUAUUUGGACAAGGAAAAUAUUUACUUUGGUUUUAAUGAUAGAAUACUAAAAAUUGAAUGUGAACGAAUGAAACAUGUACUAGAUAACCAAACUGUCCAAGUUUUAACAACUUUAUAUUAUGAUAUCAAGGAGAUAAACCUCUCCAAAGAGGAAGCUGUCUUCUUAUAUUCUCUACACCUUGUGUCCGGAGGAGAAAAGCCUCAUUUUGCUGAACUAUAUAAUAGAAUAUUGGUCAGUUUUAUUCGAUACUUGAAAGGAAUAUAUACGGAUAAGUACGAAACGAGAUUAUUACGAUUAACAAACUUUAUCGCAAAGAUAAGAGUAGAUCUUUUAGAAGAUAAACGAUGGUCUAUUCAACAUCAGAAAUAUCUACAGUACUUUUUCAAAGAUCCUCUAUGUCAGUUAUUUUUUUACACUGCAGAACCUGAAGAUUGUAUAGACAAACUGUCCCACCUCGAAAUUUAA